AUGUGUGGAGACGCGACGAAUUGGGACGAGGAAGCCUACCGAGAGAGCAUAUUGAGAGAACGGGAAGCCCAAACCCUAACCGUCUUCAGGACUGCGUGGGCACCUUCUCCUGACCCCAUUCCAGACGCCAUUGUCGUAGCUUCCAGUGAUGGAUCGAUCGCUUCGUACUCGAUCUCCUCUUGCGUCUCCAAGCUCCCAGUGGCUUUCGGCUACGGAAUGGCUCAGAGGGUUGAGCCUACUGGCUUUGUUCAAGCCCAUGAUGGACCAGCAUAUGAUGUCAAAUUCUUUGGCAGUGGUGAAGAUGCUUUGUUGCUGAGUUGUGGUGAUGAUGGCAGGAUUCGAGGAUGGAAGUGGAAGGAGUUUAUGGAAUCGGAGACUCCAGUUUCCUUGCAAGGAGACCAUAUGAAGCCAGUGGUUGACUUGAUGAAUCCCCAACACAGGGGCCCAUGGGGUGCGCUUUCGCCAAUCCCUGAAAACAAUGCUAUUGCUUUAGACACUCAGGGUGCAUCCAUCUUUUCUGCUGCUGGUGAUUCUUGUGCAUAUUGCUGGGAUGUGGAGACAUGCAAGAUUAAAAUGGUUUUUAAGGGGCACUUGGAUUACUUGCAUUGUAUAGUUUCCCGCAACUCUUCCAACCAGGUUAUAACUGGUUCUGAAGAUGGAACAGCAAGAAUUUGGGAUUGCAAUAGUGGGAAGUGCAUCAGAGUAAUUGAUCAGGGAAAGGAUAAGAAGUUGAAAAGGUUGUCUACCUCUGUUAGAUGCAUUGCACUUGAUUCAAGUGAGAGCUGGUUGGCUUGUAGCAGUGGUCAAAGCUUAUUGGUUUGGAAUCUGCAUGCUUCGGAGUGUGUUUCGAGGACUUCUACUGCUGCAUCCAUGCAAGACAUGAUAUUCGACAAAAACCAAGUAUUAGCUGUUGGAUCAGAACCUUUCCUCAAUCGCUUCGACCUAAAUGGGAAGAUUCUUUCACGGAUACCAUGCGCUCCUCAGUCAGCAUUCUCUGUCUCUUUACAUCCAUCAGGGGUGACAGCAAUUGGAGGUUAUGGCGGUCUUGUGGACGUGAUCUCACAGGUUCGAAGCCACUACUGCACUUUCCGCUGCAGCCGAGCAUAA